UGUUCUUUAGUUGUCAUUUUGAUGUGAUUGCGAUUGCGUCCCUUGUACACGAGUACAUAGUUUUAGUGUGGGACACACACUAUAAGUCAUUAUUUAUAGAUACUUGUUUUGAUCAGGAUUCUGUUCUCGCUAUGUACUCUGGCAGACAAUCAUUCAGUCUCAUGUGAAAACAUGAAAACCCUAAAUGUUAAUCAUUUAUUUUUGAUUGAAAAAAUUAUAAAUACUAGCUCUAUAUAAGUAUAGAAAUUGACAUGAUCCAAUAAUUCUCCAUCUUAUUAAUUUUUUAAAAUUUUAUAUGAAAUAUAUAACAACAUAUUUAAUAUUGGAAGAACAUUGAAUCGGAAGUCUAAACAAUAGACAAGUGGAACAUUUCUUUAUUUAUAGUGUACUUUGGAGUUUGUGAAGCUUGUUAUAUUCUUAAAUGGAACAGCACUCACUAAAAAAGCAAGAAAGCGAUGCCGGCUUAAAGGAAGAGGAAGCCCUGAGACAGUUCAAAGAAAAAAUCUCGGAUUUGAUUACAUCACAAGAUGAUUACAGCCUCAAAAAGUGGCUUCAAGCUAGAAACUAUGAUGUCACUAAAGCGGAGGCUAUGUUCCGAACGAGUAUGGCGUACAGAGAGAAAAUGAAGGUGGAUACACUUCUGACUGACUACGAACCUCCCGAAGUUUUGAAGAAGUACAUGUCCGGAGGUAAUGUAGGACACGACAAAGAGGGGUCACCUGUCAGAGUGGAGCUGUUUGGCCACCUGGACAUGAAAGGGUUGAUGUACUCUGCCAGAAAGUCUGACCUGGAGAAGGUCAAGUUGAAGCAAUGUGAGCAGCACUUGAAGGACUGGGAGAUCAUGUCUAAGAAGUUAAACAGACGAGUGGAUGGUCUGGUAGUCAUCUUUGACAUGGAAGGAGUGUCCAGUAAAAUGUUAUGGCGACCUGGUUUACAGAUGUAUCUUCAUUUGGUGUCUCUGUUGGAAGAUAACUACCCGGAAAUGUUGAAACGAAUGUUCGUUAUUAACGCUCCGAGAAUAUUUCCUUUGCUGUACAAACUCUGUAGACCACUGAUAAGUCAAGACACAAAGAACAAAAUACAUGUUUUAGGAUCUGACUACACCUCUACACUUCUCAAAUACAUUGAUGCAGACGAGCUGCCCGCGUAUCUUGGAGGGAACAAGACUGAUCCGGACGGUAACCCAAGAUGUACAACAUUGAUCUGUCAGGGUGGCCAGGUCCCUGAAGAGUAUUAUCUUAAAGAAUGUGAAAACUCAGAACAAAUGGAGAACGCGACAGUAGCAAGAGGAGAUAAACUGUCGAUUGAUUUGGACGUGACGAAAGCGGGAAGUGUUUUGAGGUGGGAGUUCAAGACAGACGGCUACGACAUUGGCUUUGGAGUGUUUAGACAAGAAGGUCCUGAGAAAGUGACCGUGGUGGAACCAGAGCGGGUCAACAGUCACAUGGUUCCAGAGGAUGGAAACUACACCUGCGAUGUACCUGGGAAAUAUACUUUGGUGUUUGACAACAGCUUCAGCUGGACUCGCGACAAAGCCAUUCAGUAUAGUGUGGAGAUCAUUCAGCCCAUUGACCAGUGCCUAGAGAACGAGAUCAUUAACAUGGUGGAUUCUGUUGGGACGUGGACUGGCAUGAACCAAGGAGCAGGGGAGUGUCCAGAAAAUGUAACGCCAUGUAGAGAAUAAAGUUCGAAGGCAUUCGAAAGAUUAAA